AAUAUAUUAAAAAUAAAUCAUUUGAUAUUUCCUUCAAAAUUCUAUAAUAUUUUUUGUUUGUUUUCUUUUUUUUUUAAUUGCCGAAAUGAAAGAAGAAUAAAGAAAUGGGUUAAGUACAAGUCAUUUAAAGAAAGUCUGUCCUAAAUCGUGGUGCUGAGAGACCAAGAUUCAUUUGCACCUCAAAGCUCGAGCUAAACGGAACGCUUUCAAUGGAAUUGUUUUUGAUUUUCUUUCUGUCAACGGGAAACAAAAAGUGAUAAGAUACUUGUUUUUUUAUAAUUGUUUUUCCAAAUACAAUCUAUAAAAGCGCAAUUUAUACUGCCUUAAAUAGAGCUGAGAAUUCCGUUUCUCUCUUGUUUUCUCUCGCUGAUUGUAAUCAUAAAUUUUCACUGAGCAAGAGACAAUGCAAAGUCAUCGAAACGAACUACAAAUAUAAACAAUUGAAAUGGUUAACGGAUUUCCACAACAUAAGUAAACAAAACGUUGAUAGUUUGAGAAUCAAAUUGGAUCCCUCGGAGAAGAGGGAAAUUACAAAGAUUCAAUGUCAAUUGAUUCAUUUGUAUUUACUGAGUAUUUGAGAACUGAAAAUUGAGUGUUCAGAACGGCUAGAGCUAGUGACGGAAGCAGAGCUACUUGUCGGGGAAUCAUAGUUCAUCUUGAUUAACCAUUAAAGCCAAUCAAAACUAAUUCAAUUUUAAAAAAUUAAAACAAUAACUACCAGUGAAUAGGGAAAAAAUGCAGCUAUAUAUCUUUAUUCUGGCUACAUUAGCCUCUGGUCAUGCCGCAAACGAUCUUAAACUUUGGCUUACAAUAAGUGCACAAAAAAGAUUUUUGGAAAUAAGCUGGAUCAAUGCUCCAACUCAAGAGUUUGAUCAUAUUAUGUUGACAAAUAAAGAUCCAUUCAGUUUUGAGGAACGUCUGAUGUCACAAGGAACUCCACUAGCUGCCUACAACAAUGAUGAGGACAUUGGUUCUGGUGAUCAUCAAGGCGACAUUAUACCUAUUCACGGGUUUACGAGAAAGCCGGAAAUAGAAUCGCAACAGAGAAUCAUCCAGCCGUCUCGUAAGUUUUGGAUCUCAAAUGGAGGCUUAAAUGAAAUCGUAGCCGCCGUGAAACCCACUAAAAGAGAACAAUGGAUAAGUACUGGAGUUCCUUUCGAUUAUGAAUUAUCAAGGAAUGUCACUGCGCAGACCAUUUGCUACGGCUAUUGGGCUAGUUAUAUAGAUCAGAAAGGAACAAUUUUAGCAAAAACUUGCCUAAAAGCUUUUCCUCGUUGGAUGAAUGACAUGCGUCCGGUCAUUGGAGAUUUGCGACUUAGAGAUCUCUUUAUACCCGGCUCUCACGACUCUGGUUCAUAUCGCCCGAAUUUCGAUCCUCUGAUUAGAGAGAACCUGGUCACCAAAUAUGCUCUUACACAAGAUGAUGAUAUACGUGGACAAUUAUUACAUGGCGUGCGUUACCUGGAUAUACGUGUGGGCUAUUUUAGAGCCUCUCCUGAGAAGUUCUUCAUUUACCAUGGCAUUACCAAACAGAGGCCCUUACAGGAGGUCAUAAAUCAGGUCAGGGACUUCGUUCACGAAUCCAACGAGAUAGUCAUUUUUGGACUCAAAGAGUUUCCCGUUGGUUUUGGAAAAGGUAACGGUGUUCAUCGUUUAUUAGUUUCAUAUUUGCGGGAGCAAUUCGAAGAUCUAUAUGUGCACCCCUCCGCCACCUGGGCUGCCUCACUCAAUGACAUUUGGAGCCGCAAACAGAAUAUCAUAAUAGCGUACGAUAAGAGUGAUAUUAUUCAAGAGUUUCCCCAACUGCUAUUUAGCCCUAUUGAUCAACGAUGGGGCAAUGUUCAGAGUUGGUCACGUCUGGAUACAUAUUUACGACAAGUCAAUGAACUGGAUCUGGGUCGAUUCUCGAGUCGUCCCGUUGCUGAUAUGGCCGAACUCACACCUGAAACUUGGGAUGUCAUAUUGGAUAAACACGGGGGUUUGCGUAAAAUGGCUGAUCAGGUCAAUUGGCGUGUAUCCAUACUAUACAGAGACGAAUUGGGUAAAUAUUGUAAUAUCGUGGCAGCAGAUUUUAUACGUGGAACCACUCUAGUUGAGACUGCCAUUGAUGUGAAUCGCCGUAGAGCUGAGCUUUUUUGAAAAUAAAACUUUCAACUAAAUAAAUUA